UGUGCCUCAGAGAACAAAGGGUUUCCCCGAUCCGAAGAACGAGCUAGCGAUUCGGUACAGUUGGGUGUAGCGUUCGCCGCGACCAGUAUCACAAUGACUGUCGCAGACGAGACCGGACGUGCCCUAUUCCCCAGGGAUAGCACUCCGUCGCACUCCGUCGCCAAUACUGGCCAAUCGGUCCGCAUGGACAUGUCACACAAUCCGCCGAUCAUUUCAGCACAAGCCGGGGGCAAGUUGGCCGUAAAGUGUCACAUGGAUCUGUCCAAUCCGAGACCGAAGAUUCAAUGGCGAUUAUAUCGAUGUCCAACGCAAACCAUCAAUAUCAGUGAACCAAUUCCAUUUAAAGAAUUGACAAAGGAAUGUGUGAUUGAAACAAUUCAAGGUGGCGAGGAGAGUGUGCUCGAUAAAACUGUCAUUCAGAGUCAAAUUGUCCUCGCACUGAACUGGACACAUCACGGAGACAUUAUCGAAUGCAUGGCUGAACCGCAAGUCCCCUGGGCUUUAGGCCCGGAUCAUAUGUCUGUACACAUCAAGGACGGUAUCACUCAGCCACGAUUACGCGAACGUGUUUUGAUGAACAUCCAAUUCGCGCCAUUAUUUCUCCGUCCGGCGCAACAUUUAAAUUGGCCGGUAGAAAAGAUGCACGUCGGUUUAUUUGAACAUCGAUUGCCUCAAUAUAUCGUGGUUGACGGUGGUUCGGUGGAUUUGGACCUUGAACCAUCAGCCAAUCCGGAGGUGACCAGUUUCGUCUGGUACAAGAACGAAGACCUCCUGCAGUUGACAAACACCAUCACGUCCAGUUCAUCUGAGCAGCAACAGCAUCAGCAGCAGCAACAACAACAACAACAGAUGCGUAUUUAUGCUCACAAUUCCGUUCUACGCAUUCGACCAGUUCGGAUUGUGGAUAUGGCAAAUUACACAUUGCUGGCCACAAACAGUUUGGGAACUGCUCGAUUUCGUUUCUUUCUCAAUGUGACGUAUGGACCACAGCUGAUCGGUCCUCCGGUGAUCAACAUCACCGUGGCUGGUAGAAAAGCGCAACUCGAAUGCCAAGCUAAAGCCAAUCCGACACCGUCAGAGAAUGCGGUCCGGUGGAGACGUAUCUCACACUCAUUUGCUCACCUGGAUCCGGUGCACAGAUUUUAUCGCACGUCCAGUGGCAAUGCGGUCACAACAAGCGAGUCUAGUGAUCAACAGCAGCAACAACAACAAUCCAUUGCCGAUUCGGUAACCGGGAUUCGAUGCAACAAGGGCACAUGGCACAAUGGAUUCAAAUAUUUCGCCAAAUGCUGGAAUCCCAGUCCCGGAGUGUUGGCCAGCUCGUUGACCAUAUACGAUUUGGGCCCAAGCGAUGUGGGCCGGUACCAGUGUCAUAUGGACAACGCGAUCGGAUCUCCGGCUGUGCGCUUUGUGGAUUUGAUCUAUCCAUUUGCUCCGCAAGUCAUUCCCAUCCCUCGUUGGGCCAGAGCUGCACCGGGGACAGGCUAUCCACCAAUCGCGGACACGGCCGGGAUGAAUGGCACCUCGGAGGGAAAUCACGUGACGAAAUCCCUACAAGCUCGUCUCACCUGCGUGAUUGCUGCGGAGCCUAUACCGACGGUGGAAUGGGUACGCGAACCGGCCAAUUUGACACUGGUCGAAGGUGGUCAGUUCCGUUCGCAGAUCAAAGCAGUUCGACCGGGACUGUAUCACGCAGUGCUAUAUUUGAACAAACCACGUGAUGUGGACAUGGGCAAAUAUUAUUGCAAGGCCAAGAACCUGGUUGGUGAAGAUGCAGGUCAAGUGGAACUGGUCGCUGCCACAGAACCGGAUUUGCCCACCACCCCGAGACUGUUGAAUGCAACCAGUACUACACUGGCUGUGGCAUGGACACAGGGUUUUAAUGGUGGCCCGGUACAAAAAUUCAAGCUACGAUGGGCCUCGAAUGAGAAUCCGGAUAAAUUUAUGGAAACAGAUGUGGCGGAAGAUUUGGAAAGUGAGACAAUUGCAUAUGAGAUCAAAGGUGAGUGA